CCCGUCUUUGUUUUGCCCCGACAGGCCAUCACUCAGUCCCCAAAUGCCAUCACUGAGGACAUUUAUACCAACGGCUCAGCGACUCUGGGCAGCCCCUCGCACAGCAACGGCCGUGAGGUGCGGAAGAUACGCCUCGUCCAGUUUGAGAAGGUCACAGAGGAGCCCAUGGGAAUCACGCUGAAGCUCAACGACAAGCAGAGCUGCAUGGUGGCCAGGAUCUUCCAUGGGGGCAUGAUUCACAGACAAGGCUCCCUUCACGUGGGUGAUGAAAUCAUAGAAAUCAAUGGGCAGAGUGUGAGCAACCACUCAGUUGACCAACUGCAGAAGAUGCUGAAAGAAACCAAGGGGAUGGUCUCAAUAAAAGUAAUUCCCAACCAACAAAGCCGCCUCCCUGCUCUCCAGAUGUUCAUGAGGGCACAGUUUGACUACGACCCUAAAAAGGACAACCUGAUCCCCUGCAAGGAAGCGGGGCUGAAGUUUCAGACUGGCGACGUGAUUCAAAUCAUAAACAAGGAUGACAGCAACUGGUGGCAGGGCCGGGUGGAGGGCUCCUGCACUGAGUCAGCGGGACUCAUCCCUUCUCCAGAGCUGCAGGAGUGGCGCGUGGCGAGUGUGUCCCAGUCCAGUCAGAGCGAAUCCCCAAGCUGUAGCCCCUUUGGGAAGAAGAAGAAGUGCAAAGAUAAAUACCUGGCCAAGCACAGCUCAA